AAGUGGCAUUAGAGAGUAUUUCAAGCAAGUUGUGUGUUUUUUUCUCAUUCUCUCAACUGCUUGCUUCUGAAUUCAACCGAUGCCGAAACGGGAAACUCUGCUUGGCAUACCUGGAGAUGGAAGAUGUUUGUUCCGGUCUGUGGUUCACGGUGCUUGUCUAAGAGCAGGGAAGCCAUCUCCAAGCGACGCUCUUCAGAGAGAACUUGCAGAUGAGCUUAGAGCGAAAGUAGCAGAUGAGUUCAUUAAAAGGAGGGCAGACACCGAAUGGUUUCUUGAAGAUGAUUUUGAAACGUAUGUUGUACAGAUGCGACAACCGCACAUUUGGGGAGGCGAACCUGAGUUGCUUAUGUCCUCACAUGUCCUAAAGAUGCCGAUUACAGUUUAUAUGCGGGACAACGAUUCUGGUAGCCUGAAAAUCAUAGCUGAAUAUGGUCAAGAGUACGGUAAGGAUAACCCUAUCCGUGUACUUUAUCAUGGUUAUGGACACUACGAUACAAUGCGCGGUUCGGCUACUGGUGCAGAGUCCAAGUUGUACAAACAGAGAUGAACAGAGAUGCAUUGGGCUGUAGCCUCUGUAGUCAUAUUCAGCAUCUCGAAUUGUAUUCCUGUUCUUUGCUUAUAGUAGCUACUGUUUCGAGAAAUGGGC